CAGCAGUGGAUGGGCCUCAGCGACUCUGUCCGCUCCUGUCGCCUCAUCCCCCACAUGGCGAAUACAGGAGAAAAGGAGGUUCAAGAUAAGGAUGAAAGGAGGUUACCUGACACCUGGCGAGUGGCCCCUCCCUCCCAGUCCAGCUCUCACAGGAUCAGGAUCUAUGAGCGAGAGGACUACAGGGGCCAGAUGGUAGAGAUCACCGAGGACUGCUCCUCUCUUCAGGACCGCUUCCACUUCAGUGACAUCCACUCUUUCCACGUGCUAGAGGGCUACUGGGUCCUCUAUGAGCUGCCCAACUACCUGGGGCGACAGUACCUGCUGAGGCCGGGGGAGUACAGGCGCUACCUCGACUGGGGCGCCCUGAGUGCCCGAGUGGGCUCUUUGCGGAGGGUUAUAGAUUUCUAUUGAAAUAUUUUACUAUUUUCUCCAUCUGUAAACUAAUAAAAUAUUUCCUGUGUUUCAUGCAA